AUGGAGGACGCCAGCCCAGCACUGGAAGUCAAGGAGCUGACUUACCGCUACGGCGGCGGCGCCACCAUCCACGACCGGGCUUUGAGCGAGCCGAAGCUGGUCGACGUCAGUUGCUCCUUCCCCCGCGGUAGCCGAGUCUUGGUCAGCGGCGCGAACGGCGCCGGCAAGUCCACGCUACUCUCCAUCAUGGGUGCGGGCAGGGGGGGGGAGAGAACCGAGGAGGAGAAGGAGGCUGGGAAAAGCUGA